AUGUUUGAUUCCUCUCCCCUAGAGGUGCCCAAACAGCGCUCAUUUGCAGCCAAUCCUACCAAGGACAGAAGACGCUUUAGUGAUACCUUCUUUCAAAAACAGCCUCUUCCUUCUAGAAGAACCGUUUCAGAAAAGCCGCCAAACUUGUUGCAAGCGGACUUGCUACGGUCUCUGAGAUACAACACCGACUGGUCCUCUGCAGUGGCCUCGUACAACCCAGGUUCUCUCAGGCUAGAAGAUAUUCCCAAUGUUCCAGUGUACAACAGGGCCACGGGCAAAUUUAGGGUGUUCUCAGAUAAGCUGAGACCCAGAAGAGUGCAGUCGGAGGAAGUGAGGAGAAGCUAUCUGUCGCUGGAGGACUUGAAUUCAUUUGACUUGAACAAGCAAACUUUUGACGAAAAUAGACUCAGAUACAAAUCAGAAUUGCCACCCCUUCCGUCUGACUCUGAUGGAAGUAGCGAAGAGGAAAGUGAGUUGUUCUCGUCGAAUCCAAGCUCAAAAUACUCUUAUUCGGAGGAAGGGCUGCCCAGACAACCUCCACCAGAAAGAAAAAACUACCUUGAUGACUUGAGUGGUAAUUUCCUUCAGCAUAUUCCAAGAAGAAGCGUCAGUACUAUUAGUACUUGCAGAACAUAUGAGCUGUACAACUUUGGCAGCGAUAUCGAUAGCCAUUCAGUGUUGACUAGUGCUGAAAGCAUAGCUAGCGAAGGGUCGUUGUGGAUUCCUCAGCCGGCAUCAGGAGUCACACAGAGAUCGUCCGAGGAUGCUCCAUUGCAAUAUUCUCUACCAGCACUGUCAAAAAUCUCCUUUUUCACUUCCCCAAAGACUUUAUUGCCUCCAGAUUCCGCCAGUAUGGCGCAACUCUCCCCCUCAAAGUCUCCAAUGACUUCUUAUUCCUCUCCAGAGAAGUCUGAUGCAGUUUUCCUACCGAAAGAACACAGAUUUUCUUCACUUCCUAACAAGUCGUUGCCCCCAGUGCCAACAAAACCGAACACCAACACCAGGCCCAACUCCAUCUGUCCUACAGAUUCCAAAAAAGUGACAUUUUGUCUAGAUCUUGGCGCCGAGUACGACAAAUCCCGUUUUAUGAUACCCAAAGAAUAUAAGCUUCUAUCGCAGGAGCGAUUUAGCAAAGUGGCCCCAAAACCCCGAGACACAAAACAAGAAAGAGUAAAGCCUAGAGCUGUCUCCCAGCCUAAUCCUUCUUUGCAACCAAUCGCACUGAGGAAGACAGUAGAUCUCUCUUCAAAACCGCUACCGCCACCAAAGUCGGCGCCGGUGUUUAAGCCAGCAUCUCAGCCAGUCUCUCCGUCUCGUCAAACCAAGUUUGAGCCCAUCCCAUUUCGUACAAACGUACGCAUUAUGGGUCCAAUUUAG